AUGCAUGCAGGAACCAUGGUAAUAAUGGGUUGUUCAUUCGUCCCCUUUCCGGUGAAUCGCAUGAACCUGAUGUGGCUGUCUGUCGCCUGGCGUUGUGGUCCGGCUCCGAUGCUGGAUGGCUUACUUACCUUACCUAUGUGUUAGCCGUAGUUGGUGGUUUUUUGGGAAUGGGGCGGGCUCCAGUUUACUGCAUACUUAUUACUUACUUGCAUCGGCUAGCCAGCGCAACCGUAGGGGCGAAGGGCCUGGGUACGGUGUAUGGAGAUGGGAAUUGGAGAUAUGGAGGUAUGGAGAUGUUUAUGUUGGUGACGCGUAGGGCGAGGUGGGGAGUUGGGCGUUGGCAUAUGAUAGUAGGGAGAGGGGCAUGUGUUGGCAAUUAGUUAUGUUUAGAAAUAGAGAUUUUAAGGAUGGAACGGCGUAUUCGCAUUUCGCUCGUGGGUUCGGGAUUUUUUUUUAUGAUGGAAAUUUUGUGCGUGUGCAUGCGUUUACGGUGGAAUUGCCGAUGACUUAACAACGGGGUUAUGACUUGUGGAGUGGAGCCUACGGUGACUCAGUUGAUGUAACGCCGGUAAGUCUUUGGUGAUACUAUGGGAGUUAUUGUUGAGACUCAAGUCUAGGAGGUUAUAAUUGAGUGGGGAGUUGGUAAAGAUCCAUGUGAUUUUACGGUAGUUGAUGUUGAAGGGUUGAUAUUGUGAUGUUCGUGUGCUGCCGAUUGAAGAAUGAAGC